UUUCUUUGGUUUCUGCUUCUCUCUCUAUUGCCAUAGUAGCAUGGCUACAAGAUUGAGUCAUGUUGCCAUAUAAUCAAUCAAUUUAUCUGAAAAGGUAAAGUCAUUGUUUUCCCUUCUGCGUUGGUGUUCCUAAUAUUAUGUUUCUGUAUAAAGCAAUUAAAAAAAAAAAAAAUUGGCCUGGAAGAGAGGAGUGGAACCUCUUCAAUAGGUUACAGGGUCAUGGUUACUCUCUGAAAUGCAGAUCCUGGUAGUGACUUUCAGUACCUGACUGAAUGCCUUUUUUAAAAAAUACACUGUGCAUCUCGUACUUUACACAGUUUGGAGGAGGCCUUUGUGCUUGAAAAUAAACUUUGUUUUUUUAAGUUCUGUCUACAAAUCUUGAGAUUCCUUCUCCCUGUAAACCUACUUGAUCAUCUUUGGACUGGUGUGGUGAUACUGUUUAAGAUUUUAUACAACAUGGGCUUUUAGAGGUACUAUCCUUGCCACUGAAGCUGCACAAAUCAUGUGGUGCUUAUUUGAUUUCUACUGGUUGGUUGUUUUACUGAAAGCAUUCUGGUUCUGUGAUGCCCUUGUUUUGAUACUGACACCUGUGAGCACUCAAGGGCAUGUUAGUCUUUUGUAUGAGGAAAUGGUUGUGUUUUGCUUAAGGAGGGUGAAGUUUUUUUUGUGGUUAUUCAUGAGGUUAUGCAGUUGGUGGAGGAAACGUUCGGUUUCAGUGAAGUUAUUUUUAAUUUAGUUUAGACUCUUUCCCUUGGCUAAUUAUCUGUAUUUAGUGCAAGUAAAUGCUGCUGUUUCCAAGCUGUCUUCAUUCCAGAGUCACAGAUGAGCUGAUAUGAAAGAAAGCGCAAUCUACUCACAAAGCAAUGAUAACUCCCAUUCUGGCCAUCUUGAAACCUGUUCUCGAACUCCUCUACCAAAACAGAAGGCACAGCUGCAUGUUUUUUUGCUGUUCACAGUACUGUGCUUAGCCAGUGUGUCAAAAGCCAUAAAUUUAUUUGCCAUCACUUGAGUUAGUGCUGUGCCCUGUGUCCCAGUUCCAGCCCAGGUGUGUUCCUGGCUCACCAGUGUUCCAUUGGUGCUGAGGGCCUGGCUCUGGUGGGAAGAGCUGCCGCCAUGAUAAUGUGAGCAGGGGGCUGCUGCAGUGUGAGUGGUGCUGGGCUGCAGGCAGCCCAUAGCCCACAGCUUGGACGUGCCUGGUUUAAGUAGUAUUCGUGUGUGUAAGUAGGUAUAAAAGAGGAAAUGCUACUGCAAGCAACAAGGUGCUUGUUUUAUAGUGAUGGCCGAUGAGAAACUUGUUUACUGUGCUUUGGUUGCCUAAUGGCUGGGCUGUGUGUGCCAUGCUGCAGGCAGCCUCCUGGCUGCUGUCAGUGCUGCCUGUGCUGAAAGCAAUAGGUGAUGUAGAAAUGUUUCAGUUGAGUAAAUUUCUGGGCUUUCUCUCCCUUCACUGUAUUAGUUUUAUGGAUCCAUAAACUGUUUUCAGGGAUUAGUUGCCCUGUGCUUCUGACUUGCCUCUAAUGUGUUUAACGUCUUGCUACCAUGGUUAAAUCUUUUCAGUGCACGCCUUCCAUGUGAACAGUUGCUGUAACUUUUUACCAGUAGAAGGCAGCAUGAGCUAUAUGAGUCAAACUCCUGCUAAAUUGGGGAACUUCUACAAAACUGUUGCACUGGCUGCUAAUAUUAAUUAGGAUUCAUGGUUUAAUUAAUAUCUUUUUUUAUUGGAGCUCAGAAGUUCAGUUACCAGUAAGCCUUCUAAAUGUUACACAUCAGAAGCAAUCUUGAUAAUGGGAGGAGGAAAGCUCUAUCCCAUUUUACCAAUGGGAAGCUGAAGCGUGAGGUGUGAAAUGCACAAAGCUGUGUCAGGCUGACAACUCAACCAGAUCUUCUGAAUUUUAGUUCAGUGUUUUACCUCUGCCUCCGUCUAUUAAGAAAUGUUCCAGGAUUCUUGCUGGAGUGCUGCCAGUCUGUGUUCUUUCUUUGUGCUGUACGUGGCUUUCUAUCUUUCCAGUACUGGAGUAAGACUGACAGCAGAAAGAAUGAACACUUUUGUUUUACUUAUGAGUCUAAUGUCAUUGUAUCAGAUGUAUUCAGUUUGCACCAAGCUCAGAAAAUACAAAGAUUCUUUGUACCUUUGUGUUUGUUCGGUUGUGUCUGAAUAUGAAAUGAUUGCUCUUUUAAUUUUAGGCAGUGCUUAGAACAAUAAUGCAGAUGCCCUAAGUGCUAUUUUAGAUGCCUGGGUGUAAUGCUCUACUUGUCCUAAUCUGUAACCAAGUGGUUGGUUUAAGAAUCAUUUUACAUAGCUUUUGACAUAUAGCUGUAAUUAAUUCAUAUAUACCACUUCAUAUCUUAAUUAGCCAUAUAAAGUCUACACACAUUGAUGAAAGUACUUUUUAAAGUUGAAUGAAAUCGCUGUGUCUAGUUCUUCCUUCUUGUUGCCAAAACUGGGAGUCUGAUAACUUCCAGUGUUGCGGGAUUUAACUGGGGCAGCUGCAAUUAAAGUUUAGAGAAGAGGAAGGCAAAUGGUACUUUCUGUCUUGAAGGGCUUGGUGCUGCCAUAGUUGAAGUGAAAUGCAGCUCAGACAUGAAGGCAGCACAUGGUUGUGUCUCCUGCUCAUUCAGCACAGCUGAUGAUCGCUGUGGUAUCCUGCUGAACAGACAUGUGGGUGAUAUUGGAAGCCUGUUCAUUCAUGAGUAGAAAUGCUCUGGGAAAAAUGCAUUGAUUUAUGAUGACUAAUUCUUGUCAGCAGUCAACUUUUUUCUGAGCUACGGCUUGGUAGUAUGGCCUGUAAUUUAGUGGUUACUCAGAUGCUUCAGCCUUCUGUUCUACAGUAAAAGGGCCCAUUUAUUUGGUAGCAACCCUGUAUAAUUUUUCAGCAGCAAUAAUUCCUUCUCUGUGCUGUAUGUACCAUAUUACUACAGUGUUUAGUACUAGUUAAGACACCUAGCAAAUGAGCACCAAUAAAGUAAAUCUAAGCUCUGUGUAGCUCACAAAACCAUUAUGUACUUUUUAAUAAAAUCCUCAGGGCAAUAUUGGAGCAGCCUACCUAAUGAUCCACCUUCCUGACUCUUCCUAACAUAAAGCCUGGAAUAAUAAAAGUGAUUUAAAUGCCAUAGCAUAUUUGAAAUCAAGCUGUUCUUCCAUGGAAUACUCAUGGCCUGAGGAAAAUGUCACAGGCUGCCUUCUCUACUCACCAGGAGGAAGGGUUUCUCACCAUGGCCAUAACACAGUUUCGGCUCUUUAAAAUCUGUACUUGCCUGGCAGCUCUGCUUUCUUUUAUUAAAAAGUUAAUAUGCAGGUCUGGAAGAGGGCGAAAGUUAAGUGGAGACCAAAUAACUUUGCCAACAACAGUGGAUUAUUCAUCUGUUCCCAAACAGCCAGAAGUAGAAGACUGGUCUUCAUGGGAUGAAGAUGCACCUACCAGUGUGAAGAUUGAAGGUGGCAAUGGUAACGUGGCAGCUCAGCAAAAUGCUGUGGAACAAAUGGAACCCGAUUAUUUUAAAGAUAUGGCACCAACUAUAAGAAAAACUCAAAAAAUAGUUAUUAAAAAACGAGAGCCUUUAACUUUUGGAGUUCCGGAAGGAAACGCAGGAUUCUCUAGCAGAUUAGCAGCUACACAAGAUAUUCCUUUUAUUCACCAGUCUCCUGAAUUGGGAGAUUUGGAUACUUGGCAAGAAAAUACUAAUGCCUGGGAAGAAGAGGAAGAUGCUGCCUGGCAGGCGGAAGAAGUUCUUAGACAACAGAAGUUAGCAGAAAGGGAAAAAAGAGCAGCAGAACAACAACGAAAGAAAAUGGAGAAAGAGGCCCAGAGGUUAAUGAAAAAGGAACAGAACAAAAUUGGUGUAAAACUCUCCUAACAGUAACCAGGCAUCGGUGGAAGGAUUCCACUUCUACAACAUGCAUACUGGUAUUAAUUUAAGUAUUUCCAGGACUUCAAGUCGCUGCUUCGUUUCAGUGCAUUCUUCAAGUCAUCUUGGAAGCCAGAAUUCUCCCCAAAUAUCUUGAACUACUAAUAGGUAGUUCUUCAAGGGAAAAAAACAAACCCAAAACCAUACAAAAUCAUGCCUUGAUGGAAUGAAAUUUCCUACAAUAAUUCUAUUCCAGUACCCUUCUUUGCAGCAAACAUGAUUGAGCAAAAGUGAUUGAGAGACACUCUUAAUGAACAGCUCCAGCUGAGGGAAAAGAAUGUAAAUAUUCUGUGGUGGGGAAUCUACUGUAUUGUCUGUGCUUACCUGAAACAUGUAAUUAAACAGUUUUAAAUAA